CACACACACACCUAAACACACAUAUGCACAGUUCAGGGAAGGUGAACCACCAGUAUCUUGCUGUGACUUUUUUGAACCUUGUAGCUGUAAGCAUUUCCACUGUGACAAAGAGAAGAGGUCCAUUGACCAUUAGAGACCAGGGUGGACUUCCUUUAAAAUCCAAAACAGAGAAACAACUAUGUAAACCAUCAGAGAGGCAAGUAAGACAAUAGGUAAUAGGUAAGACAAUGGUAAUGUAAAAAAAAAAAAAGGAGCUUUAUUGAAAGUGUUGGUCACCCAAGAAUAUGGAAAUAUAAUGGUUGGCACAUUGGCAACAUGGCUGUUCUAUCUGUGAAGGAGAUAUACUAGCACAAAUAUUGUCAAGCAAUGGGGAAGACCACAUUGAGAACCGUCAUUGUCUGUGGUGAGCAAGUAUUUAUUCAUGUGUGUGGAUCUUGAAUUGUAGUAUCACUCUUAUGUACCUCAAACGAAUACAUAUGCGCGUGCAUGUGCAUGUGUGUGUGUGUGUUUUAGUAUCCACAGUGUAUAGUGCUCUAGGUUGUGUAGUGACAGGCCCAGACCAGAAGAAGGUUCCUGUGGGCUCGAGUGUUCGACUGUCCUGCAACCUCACUCAGUGUUUGAAAAGUCUGGGACAUCACCAGAUCAGUGCGGAGUGGGAGUUCAUUGACAAGGGCUCAAUGGAUAAAGCCCGGCACCAUCUCAUAUACCACUACCAUAAUCAAACUGUCACCGUUGAACCCAGAGUGUCUCUGGUUGGGAACAUCUCUGAAGGUGACUUCUCGCUCCUGCUGCUGUCGGUGACAGUCCAACGUAGUGGCACCUACCUGUGUCGCCUGCGUUCUCCACAUGGCUAUUCAGACAUCCAUGAGAGUCACACACAGGUCACAGUGGUGGAGAGAUCAGGGCAGCACAGGAGUUUCCCAGGAGACCUCCAUAAACCUGGUGUAAACUAUCCUGAUUGGCUGUUGCCUCUCUGCUGCGUGCUUUUUUCACUCUUCCUGGUGGGCGGAGUCACAGUGGGAAUAUGCGUGUGUCGGAGGAGGUCACCGCGGCAACAAAACGACAAGUGUCACAUCCAGGUGAAAGUAACACGCGGAGAAGACACACAGGAAGCCAAUGGAAACAAGGACACAAACUGCUAUGUCACCCUCCAGAGGCUCAGGGCCCCGCCCCCUCCCACACCCUCUAGAGGAGAGGGCAUCUACGUUACCAUGCACGGCACUCCCGCUGGGCCUUCAGGUGUCCAUUCCAAGCCCCAGACUCACCCCAGCAGAAAGACCCUCCCAGAGGAGUGGCGACAACAGGAAAUACCCACAAAGCCCCAACACUGCCCUUGAACACCUCCAACCAACCCCUCCUCAGAAGACUCAGACACAGGGAACUGCUGUGUUGAGACUAUCAGCUCGGCGAUUUCAAAUCCACCAUUGUUCCUUUGCCGAAGAACCACAAUGUUUGGUUCAUUUCAAAAGGGGUGAAAAUCGUGUUACUUUGGAAGAGAAUCCAGAACCACCUAUAUCCAAAUUGAUCUCUGACACUAUAAUCAGAGUGGUUAUUGAAGUUAGGAAAAAGAAGAUUCCUAUAAUUUAGCGAUAUCAAGAUAACGUAUUACGAUUACUUAGAAAGAUCCUUCCUUCUUGCUAAUAGUCCCCUGGGUGCAGAGGAGCCCUCUCAGCUCUUAAGUGUAACCUUAACAGAGAUUAAACUGUUAUUAUUGCUUGACCGGUAGGGAUUUUAAAAACAGGAAGUGGGGAGAGAGGUAAUCGUGCACAUGGUUUCAUCCACCAGCUGUAACACUCUGUAGCAAUUACCCGGGGGACAUCCCACAGGAUAUAUACAGGACAUUCACAAACCAUGCACAGGACAAUCCAUUACAUGCGCCCUCCCUAUAGAUACUUUUUUUGCAAGGGUGUUUGUUUUUCCUAAGUUACUGUCUUGGGUGUGAAGUUUGUAAGUUGUUUUUUUAUCGGUAAAAAAAAUCAAUCAAUCAACAAUGAUUUUACUAAAACUGUUGUUCAACAGAGGCUUUCCUGUCUUGCAUGUGGCAGUUCGAGAAAUAGGUAGAUACUUUCACUUCCACUUCUGUUGAGAUGCUAGAUUGUUUUUGUUUGAUUAUUCAACAAGCAUACCAUCUCUCUGUUAUUGGUAAGCUGAUUUGCUAUAUAACCGAUUUUGGUGAGCAGCAUUUGAUGUAGCCUUUAAAAAUAGGUCAUGUCACCAUCUGCAAUGACGUGACCACUACACAACGUG